AUGGCUCUGUCGCAUCAAAAUGCCACCGUCACAUCUCUUCUUCGGAAUGCCGAAGUCUACAACGCUUGCUCGAACGCAGGCUCACCGUGCAACUUACGGGUCCUUGCGCCGGGUCAGGCAAUUUACCCAGGAUUUCAUGACGCCCACGGCCAUGUCCUCGAACUCGGAUGGUCGCUAUCCGUCGCGAACCUGGUCGGCUGCGAAUCGAAAGACUGUAUCAUGAAAAGGCUAGAAACCUACGUUGAGACCUUAUCGGUGUCUUCGGAAGCAGGCGUAGCAUCUGGGUGGAUUGAGGGGCUGGGUUGGGACCAGACGCGUUGGUCUCCAGCCAUAUUUCCCACUGCAUCGGAUUUUUCAAAUUCACCGGUGCUUAAAUACCUCAAGGUCGUUCUUAGGCGCGUGGACGUGCAUGCCCUGUGGGUCAGUCCCGCCGUACUCGACCAGCUGCACGCCCAAGGGAAAUUGCCUGCUGCGGAAGAACAUGGAGGUAAAGUCGACGGCGGCUUGAUCGUGAGGGAUGAAAAUGGUCACCCAACUGGUAUUUUCGUAGACAAGGCCAUGGAAAUUGUCUACUCAGCUAUGCCAGCGUGGACGGAUACCCACCGUGCCCAAUACCUCUCUCUGGCCACUGAGCGCCUUCUCAGUGUCGGAAUAACCAACGCGGGAGAUGCAGCCGUCGACCCUGCAAGCGUCGCAUUCUUUCGAGAGAAAGAUGCCGCGCGUGAUCUUGGCCUCCGUUUCUACGCUUUCUACGACUGCUCAAGACCGCCAGCCAAGGGGGGAAAGCAUGUAUGCGAAACGAUCGCACCGCACAUUCCUUCCCACGGCGGAAGGCUGACUGCACGGACGAUCAAGCUUUUCGCCGACGGAGCAUUGGGCAGCUGGGGAUCGGCGAUGUGGGAGGAGUACUCUGACCGACCGGGUGAAAAGGGCUUGCUGUUGAUGAAAGAGGCAGAGAUAAAACCAACGAUUCAGAACUGGAUGCAGCGAGGGUUUCAAGUCGGUGUCCACUGCAUUGGUGAUCGCGCGAACACGCUCGUUCUCGAUGCCUAUGAAUCAAUCCUCUCUGACAUGAAUGGUACAGACCAUCGUCCGCGCAUCGAACAUGCGCAGCUUUUGCGUCAAUCAGACAUCUCGCGCUUCAGCAAGCUCGGUGUCAUUGCCUCCCAGCAACCCGUUCAUUGUACCUCAGAUAUGGGCUAUGUUGAGUCUCGCCUCGGCAAAGGAAGCGAGCGAGCACGCGGCGCAUAUCCUUGGCGCAGCUUGUUGGGCCACGGAGCACGGAUCGCGCUUGGCUCAGACUUUCCCGUCGAGCUGCCGGACGUCUUGCACGGCUUUUACAGCGCAAUCACAAGGGCUUGGCCUGACGGGUCCUCACCCGCCGGAGCAAACGAAGGGUGGCACGAGAAUGAGACGCUCUCGCGCGGCCAGGCGCUCCGAGGCUUCACGAUUGAUGCGGCGUAUGCGCAAUUCGAGGAACAAAGCGCCGGGACUCUCACACCGGGCAAGCGCGCCGACUUCGUCAUCCUUGACACGGACAUCAUGGAUCCCACAAUACCCACUGUGCAGGUACGCAACGCCAAAACCCUGGCGACUAUUAUAGACGCUGCUACAGCCUGGAAGCGCACGCCUGCACAUUAAGCCAAACUGGCAUGGGUGAACUUGCAGUAAACUACACAUGCAGGAGGAAAGGAG